AUGGUAGUGACCUCGGACAUGGCUAUGAGUGCUCAUGCCGGAACCUCCACCAGCCUUCCGGGCUCCGUGACCUUUGCUGACGCCAUCAUACCUACACCGACGUUGAAGAGUCGAUGUCGCACGAAGAAGUACAAGAAGGAUCAGGAGCCACACGACGAUGAGGAAGUUGACGUCGAGUCGACGGCCGGUCUUACAAAGAGAGAGCUGGUGCACAUGAAGGCAUUGGUUCACAUAAGCGACUGGCUGCGACUCUACAACUUUUGGGACCUGGAUGUGAAUGAGCAGCAGGUGACUAGUCCCAGCGGCUGUUUUCUCUUCCGGAGGCCAGAGUCCAUGCGUCCCAUCCAUGUCGCGGCCAAGCUCGGCCACGAGAGAAUCGUUAAAUGUCUCCUCCUGGCGCGAGCUGAUCCGAAGACGAAGACGUCCCGGGGCCGCACGGCGCUUCAGAUCGCGCGGAAGGCGAAUAAGGAGGGCUCCCAUCGCGAGACGGUGGAGGUUCUCGAGGCUGCCGAGACGACUGUCUCAGUCCGGGGAGCCAUUGAGAUGAUGUGUAUUUGA